GGACCAUCUUAUAUCAGGCAUAUGUUUACACACAACAAAUUGAAGAUUUUCGUAAUGCUUCUGGCACUGACCACUUACACAGCCGCGGUGGUGCUCAAUGCUGGAGCUGGAUCAGGGGCAUUCAAAGGUGUAUUCCUAAAUACUGUUGGAAACAUCUCAAACAAGUACAACACUGACUUCACACCGGCUGGCUGGGCCUUCCUCAUCUGGAAUGUCAUCUACGUCUGGCAGUUUGCUUGGCUGGGUUAUGCACUGUCAGGAAUCUGCAGAAGGAAUGAACUCGGAUGGGUUUACACAGAGCCAGAUUUACUGCCAAUAUCCUUCUAUCUGGUGUGGAUACUGAACAACGCCAUUAAUGUUGGAUGGCUAUUCCUGUGGGACCGAGAGUAUCUCAUUCCAGCCCUGGUUCUCCUGGCAGUCCUCCCUUUUACCUGUUAUGUUGGUCUCUUCAUUUCACACCGGUCCUUGCAUAUCCAUGCCGUUUGGUUCCUAAAGUCUCACAAAGCAGAGUUGUGGCUCAUCCGAAUUCUGGUGCAAAACGGAAUUGCACUAUAUGCAACAUGGACCACCAUUGCCACUCUGCUGAAUUUUGCCGUGGUGCUGAUCUUCAAUGGGAACAUAUCUAAUAAGAUUGCAACUGCGACCUCUCUGGCCAUCCUGACCUUUGAACUAGUAAUAUGGUUUUCUCUGGAAAACUUUGUGCUUGACAAGUAUGUGCGGUAUAAUCUGACUGUCUACCCAGUGGUCAUUGUAGCACUAACCGGCAUUGUGUGGAAGAACUACUCCCUUUCAUCUCCAACUGACAACAGUGUGUUUACAGUUGUGUUGCUGGCGGUGGCUUGUGUUACCUUUGCUGUUCGGCUGGGAAUAGUCAUAUGGAGACAUUGUAAAAGGCCUCUCAACCGAUCAGAUUCUCCAGCCAUGACACUGUGAAGUAUAUUUCCAAAGUGAAGACCUCAAGGGGGAGAUUUUCAAAGCCAUGAAUGGGAAUCAGGCACCCAACACCCACUCCCCCUGGUGCCUUGACAAUCUCUGAAAUGUGGAACUAUGAACAACACAAAGAGGGUAGUAAGGCGGUUACAGUGAUUUCGUAUAAGCGUUCAGGGCCUCUCUCUUUUUCAGGAUCUCUCUCUCCUUCCACUCUGAUCGAUUACACUUACCCUACCACCUUUAAUUUGACCACUAGACCACUAUGUGUUUUAUUAAAUGGUGUUUUCAGUUUACACCAGAGGAGUAGAUGAACAGAUCCCUCUGACAAAGCCUAAUGCACUUCUGGAUUAAUGGUCAGUAGCACUCAGGUAUGUCCAGCCUGAGGCAGGCCCAUGAACACAGGUGCCACACUUGCACUUUUGCACAGAGACGUUAUCUUUUCCGGUUUAAAAAAUGGUUGUAAAUAAGCAACCCCUCCCUGGUGACCUAAAUGCAUAAACCAAUGGCUCUCUUUCUUCACUGGCCCAGACCUUUGGCCUAGUUUUUGUCAGUGCUGAACCUCUGCAAGUCCCAUUGAAGUCAGUGGGUGCUCAGCACCUCUAAAAAUCAAGCCACUGCGCCCCUUUCUAGCUCUCCCCAACAUGGCAAGAACAAAGCUGCAGUAGUGCUAUAUUUUUAUUUUUGCAGCAUCUGUUUUAACAUUCUGCAUCCAGUGUGUUGGAGUGGUUACAAUUACUGAUUAAUUAUUGUUACUCACACCUUCUUGUCAACUGUUGGAAAUGGGCCAUCCUGAUUAUCACUACAAACGUUUUUUUUCUCCUGCUGAUAAUAGCCCACCUUAAUUGAUUAGUCUCAUUAUAGUUGGUAUGGCAACACCCAUUUUUUCAUUGUUCUCUGUGUAUAAAUAUCUUCCAACUGUAUUUUCCACUGCAUGCAUCCGAUGAAGUGGGUUUUAGCCCACGAAAGCAUAUGCCCAAAUAAAUUUGUUAGUCUCUAAGGUGCCACAUGUACUCCUCGUUCUUUUUGGUUAACUCAAAUGACUUUUAAGGAUUUCUUAUGCUUAAAGCACAUGAAUGUAUGGCAGGAGAUCUGGAUUCUGGUCCCAGCUCUGCCAUGGCUUUCCAGCAUGAGCUUGGCCAAAUUAAUCAACAGUGCUGUGCCUCAGUUUCCCCACCUAUUAUAAUCCCUCAAAUGCUUAUGUCAUUCAUGGUUAUAAACUAGGUUGAGAUCCUCGGAUGGAUGAUGUAAAAUGCAGUGUAUCCUGUAGUGCUGAUAGAAAGAUGAGACUUACUAGAAUAUGUGAUGUUGUUUACUAGAACAAUGGAUAACAUUUUUGUGAUGCACUUUUUGUUUCCAUUCCUUCACAUUUUUUAAAUCAAUAAAGCAACUAAUUACAGGACAUCUAUAUUUUCAGCUAAUAAACUAUUUAUA